AUGGCCAUCGCAGCUUCACUUUGCGGUGAUGCGAAUGAGCAAGAGAGUGGUAUCAUCGAUAUCGAUGAGAUCCAGGCGCAUGGUAUCUCUGCCUCUGACAUCGCAAAAUUGAGAUCUAACCUCAUUCAUACGGUUGGAACUCUUAUUAAUACCCCCAUCCGGAGGUUGGUUAAAAUCAAAGGAUUCUCCGACAUCAAGGCUGAGAAAGUCAAGGAAGCUGCAAAGAAAGUAGCCGGCCCCAACACAGGUGGUCAAUUCGUUACUGCCGCUGAGCAUGGCCACUUCCGAAAGAAGUGUAUCAGAAUUUCUACUGGUAGCAAGCAGUUGGAUGCUUGUUUGAACGGUGGAUUCCAAACUAUGAGUCUCAGCGAGGUAUACGGGGAGUUCAGAUGUGGCAAGACUCAAUUAGCACAUACUAUGGCAGUCAUUGCCCAGCUUCCUAAGGAGAUGGGUGGAGCCGAGGGAAAGGUGGCCUAUAUAGACACUGAAGGCACAUUCCGCCCAGAAAGAAUUUCGGAAAUUGCAGAGCGAUUUGGUGUCGACCCUGAACAAGCUCUCGAGAAUAUCGUUUAUGCUCGUGCACAUAACACUGAAAUGCAGCAGGAAUUGCUCGAGGGCCUUGCCCAAAAUUUCGCAACUGACGAAUAUCGUCUCCUCAUCAUUGAUAGCAUUAUGGCUCUCUAUCGUAGUGACUUUAUCGGACGUGGUGAGCUCUCCGAAAGACAAGGCGCCCUCAACGCCUUUCUGCGUAAAGCAACACAGAUGGCGGAAGAAUUCAAUCUGGUUGUCUUCAUGACCAAUCAAGUUAUGUCGGACCCAGGUGCCAGUGCCCUUUUUGCAGGAGCUGAUGGGCGUAAGCCUGCUGGAGGACAUAUACUUGCACAUGCAUCGACAACCAGAAUCCUCUUGAGAAAAGGACGUGGAGAGGAACGUGUUGCCAAGGUUGUAGAUUCUCCUGAUUGCCCGGAACGUGAAGCAACAUAUAUUAUUACAACCGGCGGUAUUAACGAUCCUGAAAAGGCCUAA